ACACGACAUUCACCAUGACCAUCUUCAACUGCAUCAGAGAGAAGGAGCAGACAGAAAGGGAGAGAGCGAGAGGCUUCCCAUGGCUUCGUCGGUAAAGAAUGCGGUGGGAGCGGUGGUGGAGAGCAAAGAAUGUUACCUCUCGGCCUACGCGGUCAAGGGUGUUCCCACAUCCGACCACCUCAAGUUCCGCACAGUGUCAUUGCCAGUGGCAGCCGACUCCAUCCCGGAUGGCCACGUCGCGGUCGAGCUCCGCCUCGUCUCUGUUGAUCCUUACGUCCGCACUAGGAUGACCGGCCGCAAAGACGGCCUCUACUUCCCCCCCUUUGAGCUCAGCGAGGUAAUAACAGCAUUCGGAAUUGGAAGGGUGAUAUCGUCCAGGAACGAUAAGUAUGCAGAGGGAGAUAUAGUGAUGAACCCUCUCUUCCCUGUCGCAGAGUAUUGUGUCGUUCCUCUGGAUUUCUUGAAGAAAGUCGAUACCGGCUCUUCCAGCAUAGCAUUGCCCGAAUAUCUCAGUUGCUUCGGGGUUCCAGGAUUCACUGCUUGGUUGGGAAUUGAAGUGCUGGGAGACCCGAAACCCGGGUCAAACGUGUUCAUCUCUGCCGCCGCUGGCGGGGUCGGAAUGUAUGCUGGUCAGCUGGCAAAACUCAAAGGUUGUCGUGUAAUUGGGAGCACUGGAUCGGAUGAAAAGGUGAAGCUAAUAAAGGAGGAAUUCGGGUACGAUGAUGGCUUCAACUAUAACAAAGAAACAGACUUCGAUGCCGCUCUAAGCAAAUACUUCCCCGAUGGAAUUGAUCUGUACUUUGACAAUGUUGGGGGCAAGAUGCUCGAAGCGGUCCUCAAUCACAUUAAUCCCCAUGCUCGGAUCUCUCUCUGUGGCAUGAUUUCGCAAUACAAUACGGUGUGGACCGACAGGGACGGGGUGAGAAAUCUUUUGAACAUGGUAGGGAAGGAAGUGAGGAUGGAAGGAUUUCUUGUGGGAUCGUACCUGCACCGAUUCAAUGAUUUUGUAAACGACAUGGAGAAUUACUUGAAACAAGGCAAGAUCAAGUCGAAGCACAAGAUAUAUCACGGGAUAGAGAGCUUCGUGGAGAGUUUGGGGUCCCUCUUCUCGAGCUCUAACACGGGAAAAGUCAUCGUGAAGGUCUGAUCAUAGACCAGGAACUGGUUUCCUGUUUUAUGGUCCAAUCUGUAUUUUUUUUUUGUUUGUGUGAAUCCUAGUAUCCGGCCUACUAAUCCAGUCGAGCCGAGUCGGCCUACUAAGGUAAUCCAAUAUGUAUUCCUACUACGUACGUGAGGAUAUGUUGGUGUAAUUGAAUGGCUAGAUCCCCCAGUCUAAUAAGAAUGUCUGCAGAAGAAAA